AUGGAUCUGAUCUUCGCUCUUGCCAUCCACACAGAUCUUCAGCGACAGAACGAACAGCGUCACCCCGAAAUACGCGGCGCACAGCCCUUCGACGAGCAGUGCCCCUGUGCUCUAGAAGCGUCCCGUCGGACCGGAGGCGAGAUUUCAUGCUCGUGUUCUCCGUCUCGCUUUCUGACAUCCGCUAUCGGCCCCGUUAGCGAGGGUGUCUUUGGCGAGCUGGGUACGCGCAGCAAUCAGGUCAAUAUCGGCCUUGUGCCUCGCCUUCUUUCUGGUCUCCGAUCAAGACUCCGCUCCAACGCCUCACUGGUGCUUUGUGCUGGAGAUCAGCGCUACUGUACGCUUCUCGGCUGCACGACAUUCCGCAUUGGCUGUGUUCUUUCCGGUUGCUCUCAUUGCUCUCCGGAAAUCUGGCAUCCUUGA